GAUGAAAGUUCCUGCGAAUCUGCAAAAAUAAUAUUUGGUUUUUCCAAUGAAUCGAAGGACAUGAUAAUGUUGCUCUUUGAACGUGCAUUAUAAUCAUCAGGUCUCUCCAACGACCAACGUGAUUCAAUCUUCAUCUACAUUUGCAACAAUUCAGUCCCUUUAUCAAGGUUAGGAUAUUCCAAUGGAUUCAAAUCAGGAAGCUAUCAAAGCACCUCCAAAUCCAUCUCCAUUAAGAACUGGGAAAUUCUAUCAGGCCAACAUGAGAAUUUUGGUUACUGGGGGUGCCGGAUUCAUAGGCUCUCACCUAGUUGAUAGAUUAAUGCAAAACGAGAAGAAUGAGGUGAUUGUCGCGGAUAAUUUCUUCACUGGAUCGAAAGAUAACAUUAAACAAUGGAUUGGUCAUCCAAGAUUUGAGCUUAUUCGACAUGAUGUCACAGAGCCAUUGCUACUUGAAGUUGAUCAAGUAUAUCAUCUGGCUUGUCCUGCUUCUCCAAUUUUCUACAAGUACAAUCCGGUUAAGACAACUAAGACUAAUUUCAUGGGGACAUUGAACAUGUUGGGACUUGCCAAGCGAGUUGGAGCAAGAAUUUUGCUUACAUCAACUUCUGAAGUUUACGGUGAUCCCCUGAUUCAUCCUCAAGAGGAGAGCUAUUGGGGAAAUGUUAACCCCAUAGGUGUUAGGAGUUGCUAUGAUGAAGGGAAAAGAGUUGCAGAAACUCUUAUGUUCGAUUACCAUAGGCAACAUGGAAUUGAAAUACGAAUUGCUCGAAUCUUCAAUACAUAUGGACCACGGAUGAAUAUUGAUGAUGGGCGUGUCGUUAGCAAUUUCAUUGCUCAAGCAAUACGCAAUGAACCUCUUACUGUUCAAUUACCUGGGACUCAAACUCGCAGCUUCUGUUACGUUUCUGACAUGGUUGAUGGCCUGAUUAGACUAAUGGAAGGAGAUCACAUCGGACCAAUCAACAUUGGUAAUCCAGGUGAAUUUACAAUGCUUGAGCUUGCUGAGACAGUGAAGGAGCUUAUCAACCCUAAAGUGGAUAUCAUAAAGGUGGAGAACACUCCAGACGAUCCUCGUCAAAGGAAGCCAGACAACACCAAGGCGAAGGAAUUGUUGGGUUGGGAGCCAAAGAUCAAGCUCCGAGAUGGCAUCCCUCACAUGGAGAAGGAUUUUCGCCAAAGACUUGCUGUCCCCAAAUAG